AUAUAUAGGACACUAUUUCUAAUAAUAUGUAUCAUCAUUCUUGAAACAUAGUACAUCUUUAAAAACAAAGUACAUAUUUGAAAGAUCCUGACAAUCGAGUGUAAACCACAGUUAGAUGUCAUUCAGGGUAGAAAUAGCCCGUAAGUGAUUAUAAUGGUGUACAACUUGGAUGUGGAUGGUCUGCAAUCCAGAGUGACUCUAGAUGAAGAAAAAGUAACGAUCGAGUCAUUUGGAAACACUCACAAAAGUUACCCGAUUGAUGACGUCAUCGGAUGUGAAGAGGUAGUGACGGGAUGGUUUUGGAGAACUGAGGUCACUCGGGUGUGGCUUAUCGAACAUGGGCCUUCGAAUUCAUUGCUGAAGAGGAGCAUAAUCGUUUCGGGUGACCUAAGGAAACGUUUCCAGCACGAUUUAACAGAAAAGACAACAACAGAAUUUGCAGAAACGAAGCGUCCCAAACGAGUGUUGGUUAUGAUCAACCCAAUUGGCGGCAAUGGUACUGCCAGGAAAGAUUUCGGAGAUAUUGUGGAACCAGUGUUUAGACUUUCAGGGAUAUCUAUGGAUACAAUCUUCUCUGAGCGUUCUGGACACAUGAUUGAAGUUGCUCAAACUUAUGACUUUACCGGCAUUGAUGGGAUCGUUUUACUUGGAGGUGAUGGGACAUACCACGAAGUGGUCGAUGUUCUGAUGAAAAGGAAACAGGAGGAACAAGGAGUGGAUAUAAACGAUCCACAAGCAACGCUGUCUCCCUUAAACAUCCCAAUAGCCAUGAUACCAACAGGUAAACCUGCCUUCAACAUCCCAAUAAUCAUGUUACCAACAGGAACCGGAAACGUUGUGGCAGAAAACAACACGGGCAGUAUAGAUAUUUUAACGGCUGCGCUUCAUGUUGUUCAAGGUCGUGUCGUGCCCUCACACCUGAUGGCGCUGUACAGUAACAGAAAACUUCUUGGCUUUUCUGGCGCAGGCACCUUUUAUGGAUUCAUUACGGAUUGUGUAUUUUAUUCCGACAGAAAUUUCCGCUGGCUUGGACGAUCCCGGUACCGCUAUGUUUUUUGGUGGAUGACUAUAUUCAAAUCUCAUAGCCAGCGUGCUUUUAAUGCCAAAAUAACCUAUUACACAUCUGUCACUGAACAACGUAACGUGGAAAACAACGAGACAGAGAUCUUUGUUGGCGACAGAAAAAUAUCUGGAUACAGUUCCUACACGACUGACACGGUUGUUUUCGACCGGAAGUUUUGCAGCAUGAUGUUAAUGAAUGGUAACAGUUUUCAUGACGGUGACGUCAUAGUUGACAUCCCGAGAAUGCUUGUUAACAGAGCAGCAGUGUGUUCCUCCUUUAUGAUCUAUGGCGACACCUCACUCCGAUCUGUGAUGAGGUUCCUCAGACAAUUCAAUAGGAGGAAACCCGUGGAGAUUGUAAAGGAUGAAUUGGAGGCAGUAACCGCCCAAGGGUUCACUGUUGAAAUGACAGACGACCUGCGGGACGAAGACCCGGAAGUAAAGAUGUUGAGACGAAUUAUUCUACUGGAUGGAGAAAUGUACGAACUGAAACGUUCGUCAUUUCAAUUAUGGUACAAACGGGACGUCGUGCAGGUCUUUUCGAGUUAUCUGUGAAGUGGAUGGGUAGAAGUGUUUUUAAAAUGUUCCUGUUCGCACGCAUGACUUGUAUAUUGCGUUGAUUCAUUUCAUGUGAUGUUGCACAAAUAUUCUACAUUCCGUUAGGAAAACAUAAUUAUGAUAUUUCAUAUAUUUGUUAUGAUUCAUAUAGUUUUGCAAUAAACAGUUAACUUGGUUUUACGUA